CAGCGGGCAUGCACCGCCGCAAGAACACAUGGGCCGGGCCAAGGGCCAGCCUUUGCCCUUGGUCCGCUUCCGCUGGCGAAUGCUCCGCAAGAAUCGAGCUUGUCUGCCGUGGUUGAGCCCGGCUUGGCGUCGAGCCCCCUUACGAAUACGAACGGGAUCGAGGCGGGCGUCGGGAGGCGCAGACGCUGCGUCAUAGCAUCGAAGAAUCCCAGCCAACGUCGGCAGAUCUGGCGGAGGUGAACGAGCAGCCUGGAGAAAUAAAAAUGCGAUCAUCGUCAGGAGGUCGACCCGGUCUCUUUCAGUCCUUACCUUCCCAUCCCAUCUCAACUCCCUCGAAGACAAACUCUCUCCAAAGUCUUUCCGUCCGGAAGCGUCCCAUCGCCCGCCAGAAGCCGCCGUCUUCGUAGAAGCGACACCAGUCUCUCGCCAAUCUCGCGCCUGAAAAAAGAAAAACAAAACACGUCUCCCAGCAACAUGGUCCGGCCAAUUGCCCUCUUCGCCCUCGUGGCCGCUCCUCUCGCCUCCGCCCAGAUCCUCAGCGACGUCACGUCCGUCCUUGGCGACGCGACCUCCGUCAUCGGCUCGGUCGGCACCAACGUCGCCAGCAACGUCGAGUCCGUCGCCACGAGCGUCGCUUCCGACGUCACCAGCGUCGGAGGCGGCGUCUUCUCGACCGUCACCUCCGGUGCGGACGGCCUCCUCUCCACCGUCACAUCCGGAGCCGCGGGCGUUUUCUCGACCGUCACGUCCGGAGCCGCGGGCGUCUUCUCGACCGUCACCUCCGAUGCCAACGGUGUGCUCACCACCCUCACCAGCAAGGUCGAAAGCGCGGCCUCGGCUGCCAGCACCGCCGCAGUCGGCUCCAGCAGCAGUGGAAGCGGCGCGAUGCCGACCGGACUUCCCGCCCAGGGCGCUGCUCUUGGCCUGGGCAUGGCCGUCAUCGCCAUGUUGUAA